CCGCGCCCCCGGUGCUGAAGCGACAUGGCCGGCGACCGGGCCCCAGCGUAAGCUCUGAGCCCCGCGCUGCGCCCGCCGCGCUCUGGCCGCCUGGAGUCAUGUCUCUGCUGUGCGUGGGAGUCAAAAAAGCCAAGUUUGACGGUGCCCAAGAGAAGUUCAACACAUACGUGACGCUGAAGGUGCAGAACGUGAAGAGCACUACCAUAGCUGUACGCGGCAGCCAGCCCAGCUGGGAGCAAGACUUCAUGUUUGAGAUCAACCGCCUGGAUCUGGGCCUGACGGUGGAGGUGUGGAACAAGGGUCUCAUCUGGGACACAAUGGUGGGUACUGUGUGGAUCCCACUUCGGACCAUCCGUCAGUCCAAUGAGGAGGGUCCGGGAGAAUGGCUGACACUGGACUCUCAGGCCAUCAUGGCGGACAGUGAGAUCUGUGGGACCAAGGACCCCACCUUCCACCGCAUCCUCCUGGACGCACAUUUUGAGCUGCCUUUGGACAUCCCCGAGGAGGAGGCGCGCUACUGGGCCAAGAAGCUGGAGCAGCUGAAUGCCAUGCGUGACCAAGAUGAGUACUCCUUUCAGGACCAGCAGGACAAGCCACUGCCGGUGCCCAGCAGCCAGUGCUGCAACUGGAAUUACUUUGGCUGGGGAGAACAGAAUGACGAUCCCGACAGUGCCGUGGAUGACCGGGACAGUGAUUAUAGGAGUGAGACGAGCAACAGCAUCCCACCGCCUUACUACACGACUUCGCAGCCCAAUGCUUCGGUGCACCAGUACUCCGUGCGGCCACCCCCUCUGGGGUCCCGGGAGUCCUACAGCGACUCCAUGCACAGCUAUGAAGAGUUCUCUGAGCCGCGGGCACUCAGCCCCACAGGCAGCAGCCGCUAUGCUUCCAGUGGGGAGCUGAGCCAGGGCAGCUCCCAGCUGAGUGAGGACUUCGACCCGGAUGAGCACAGCCUACAGGGCUCAGAGCUGGAUGAUGAGAGGGACCGAGACUCUUACCACUCCUGCCACAGCUCUGUGAGCUACCACAAGGACUCACCCCGCUGGGACCAGGAUGAGGAGGACCUGGAGGACCUGGAGGACCUGGAAGAUGAGGAGUUGCCCGAGGAGGAGGAGUUGGAAGAGGAGGAGUUGGAGGAGGAGGAGGAGUUGGAGGAAGAGGAGUUGGAGGAAGAGGAGGAGGAGGAGGUGCCUGAUGACCUGGCCAGCUAUACCCAGCAGGAGGACACCACUGUGGCUGAGCCCAAAGAGUUCAAGCGGAUCAGCUUCCCAACAGCUGCACCUCAGAAGGAAGACAAAGUUUCAGCUGUGCCCAUAGAGGCCCCCGAUGUGUCCAAAGGCAUCCCCAAGGCAGCCACACCUGAAGAGAAGGCAGCUGCGGAGUGUGCACAGGAAGCCGAGCCCCCCAAGUCUGAGGAGAGUUUCAGAUCUCGAGAGGCUGAGGAGGGCCAGGAAGGGCAGGAUGCCAUGUCCAGGGCCAAAGCCAACUGGUUGCGAGCCUUCAACAAGGUGCGCAUGCAGCUGCAGGAGGCCCGAGGAGAAGGAGAGAUGUCCAAGUCUCUGUGGUUCAAAGGCGGCCCUGGUGGUGGCCUUAUCAUCAUUGACAGCAUGCCAGACAUCAGGAAACGGAAGCCCAUUCCCCUCGUGAGCGACCUGGCUAUGUCUCUGGUCCAGUCACGGAAGGCGGGCAUCACCUCGGCCUUGGCCUCCAGCACGUUGAACAAUGAAGAGUUGAAAAACCACGUUUACAAGAAGACCCUGCAAGCCUUAAUCUACCCCAUCUCCUGCACCACGCCGCACAACUUCGAGGUGUGGACGGCCACCACUCCCACCUACUGCUACGAGUGCGAGGGGCUGCUGUGGGGCAUCGCGCGGCAGGGCAUGCGCUGCACCGAGUGCGGCGUUAAGUGCCACGAGAAGUGCCAAGACCUGCUCAACGCGGACUGCCUGCAGCGGGCGGCUGAGAAGAGUUCUAAGCAUGGCGCUGAAGACCGCACGCAGAACAUCAUCAUGGUGCUGAAGGACCGCAUGAAGAUCCGCGAGCGCAACAAGCCUGAGAUCUUCGAGCUGAUCCAGGAGGUCUUCGCGGUCACCAAGAGCGCACACACACAGCAGAUGAAGGCCGUCAAGCAGAGUGUGCUGGAUGGCACAUCCAAGUGGUCUGCCAAAAUUAGCAUCACGGUGGUCUGUGCCCAGGGCUUGCAGGCCAAGGACAAGACAGGAUCCAGUGACCCUUAUGUCACCGUCCAGGUUGGGAAGACCAAGAAAAGGACAAAAACCAUCUACGGGAACCUUAACCCAGUGUGGGAAGAGAAUUUCCACUUUGAAUGUCACAACUCCUCUGACCGGAUCAAGGUGCGUGUGUGGGAUGAAGACGAUGACAUCAAAUCCCGUGUGAAGCAAAGGUUUAAGAGGGAGUCUGAUGACUUCCUAGGGCAGACAAUCAUCGAGGUGCGGACGCUUAGCGGCGAGAUGGAUGUGUGGUACAAUCUGGACAAGAGAACAGACAAGUCUGCUGUGUCGGGGGCCAUUCGGCUUCACAUCAGUGUGGAGAUCAAAGGGGAGGAGAAGGUGGCACCCUACCAUGUCCAGUACACCUGUCUGCAUGAGAACCUGUUCCAUUUUGUGACGGACGUACAGAACAAUGGCGUGGUGAAGAUUCCCGAUGCCAAAGGUGACGACGCCUGGAAGGUUUACUAUGAUGAGACUGCCCAGGAGAUCGUGGAUGAGUUUGCCAUGCGCUAUGGCGUUGAAUCCAUCUACCAAGCCAUGACCCACUUUGCCUGCCUCUCCUCCAAGUACAUGUGCCCUGGGGUACCCGCUGUCAUGAGCACCCUGCUUGCCAACAUCAACGCCUACUACGCACACACCACCGCCUCCACCAACGUGUCUGCCUCCGACCGCUUCGCUGCCUCCAAUUUCGGGAAAGAGCGCUUUGUGAAACUUCUGGACCAGCUGCACAACUCCCUGAGGAUCGACCUGUCCAUGUACCGGAACAACUUCCCAGCCAGCAGCCCCGAGCGGCUGCAGGAUCUCAAGUCCACAGUGGACCUGCUUACCAGCAUCACCUUCUUCCGGAUGAAGGUUCAGGAACUGCAGAGCCCGCCACGUGCCAGUCAGGUGGUGAAGGACUGCGUGAAGGCGUGCCUCAACUCCACCUACGAGUACAUCUUCAACAACUGUCAUGAGCUCUAUGGCCGGGAGUACCAGACAGACCCGGCCAAGAAGGGGGAGGUCCCCCCAGAGGAGCAAGGCCCUAGCAUCAAGAACCUGGAUUUCUGGUCCAAGCUCAUCACCCUCAUCGUGUCUAUCAUCGAGGAGGAUAAGAACUCCUACACACCCUGCCUCAAUCAGUUUCCCCAGGAGCUGAAUGUGGGGAAGAUCAGUGCUGAGGUGAUGUGGAGCCUGUUUGCCCAGGACAUGAAGUACGCCAUGGAGGAACACGACAAGCACCGGCUGUGUAAGAGCGCAGACUACAUGAACCUGCAUUUCAAGGUCAAGUGGUUGUACAACGAGUACGUGGCUGAACUGCCCACCUUCAAGGACCGCGUGCCGGAGUACCCUGCGUGGUUUGAGCCCUUCGUCAUCCAGUGGUUAGAUGAGAAUGAGGAGGUGUCCCGGGACUUCCUGCAUGGUGCACUCGAGCGGGACAAGAAGGAUGGGUUCCAGCAGACAUCGGAGCACGCCCUGUUCUCUUGCUCAGUAGUGGACGUCUUCUCCCAGCUCAACCAGAGCUUUGAGAUCAUCAAGAAGCUGGAGUGUCCUGACCCCCAGAUUGUGGGCCACUACAUGCGGCGCUUUGCCAAGACCAUUAGCAAUGUGCUUCUCCAGUACGCCGACAUCGUCUCCAAGGACUUCGCUUCCUACUGCUCCAAGGAGAAGGAGAAACCCUGCAUCCUCAUGAACAACACACAGCAGCUGCGGGUGCAGCUGGAGAAGAUGUUCGAGGCGAUGGGCGGGAAGGAGCUGGACGCCGAGGCCAGUGGAACCCUGAAGGAACUGCAGGUGAAACUCAACAAUGUCCUGGAUGAACUCAGCCACGUGUUUGCCACCAGCUUCCAGCCACACAUCGAGGAGUGUGUCAGACAAAUGGGUGACAUCCUGAGCCAGGUGAAGGGCACGGGCAACGUGCCCGCCAGUGCCUGCAGCAGCGUGGCACAGGACGCAGACAACGUGCUACAGCCCAUCAUGGAUCUUCUGGACAGCAACCUCACCCUGUUUGCCAAAAUCUGUGAGAAGACGGUUCUGAAGCGGGUGCUGAAGGAGCUGUGGAAGCUGGUGAUGAACACCAUGGAGAGGACCAUCGUCCUGCCGCCGCUCACUGACCAGACGAUGAUUGGUACCCUCUUGAGAAAACAUGGCAAGGGCCUAGAAAAGGGCAGGGUGAAACUGCCAAGCCACUCAGACGGGACACAAAUGAUCUUCAAUGCCGCCAAGGAGCUGGGCCAGCUGUCCAAACUGAAGGAUCACAUGGUGCGAGAAGAAGCCAAGAGCUUGACCCCGAAGCAGUGUGCCGUGGUUGAACUGGCCCUGGACACCAUCAAGCAAUACUUCCACGCGGGGGGCGUGGGCCUCAAGAAGACCUUCCUCGAGAAAAGCCCGGACCUUCAGUCCCUGCGCUACGCCCUGUCGCUCUACACACAGGCCACCGACCUGCUCAUCAAAACCUUCGUGCAGACGCAGUCAGCGCAGGUCCAUGGUGGAAAGGGGACUAGGUUUACCCUUAGUGAAGACGUUUGUCCUGAGAUGGGCUCGGGUGUGGAAGACCCUGUAGGUGAAGUGUCCGUCCACGUGGAGCUGUUCACGCAUCCGGGAACUGGGGAACAGAAGGUCACAGUGAAGGUGGUGGCCGCUAACGACCUCAAGUGGCAGACUUCUGGCAUCUUCCGUCCGUUCAUUGAGGUCAACAUCGUUGGACCUCAGCUCAGCGACAAGAAACGAAAGUUCGCCACCAAAUCGAAAAACAACAGCUGGGCGCCCAAAUAUAACGAGAGCUUCCAGUUCUCCCUGAGCGCCGACGCGGGCCCCGAGUGCUACGAGUUGCAGGUGUGCGUGAAAGACUACUGCUUCGCGCGCGAGGACCGCACGGUGGGGCUGGCGGUGCUGCAGCUGCGGGAGCUGGCUCAGCGCGGGAGCGCCGCGUGCUGGCUGCCGCUCGGCCGCCGCAUCCACAUGGACGACACGGGGCUCACAGUGCUGCGUAUCCUGUCGCAGCGCAGCAAUGACGAGGUGGCCAAGGAGUUCGUCAAGCUCAAGUCCGACACGCGCUCGGCCGAGGAGGGCGGUGCCGCGCCUGCGCCCUAGCGCGCGUUUUGGCGGCGGGGCGGGGCCUGGGAAGGGAUGAGGUCCCGCCUUCCGUAGACCACCGCCUCUCCAGAGGCCACGCCCCUCCACCUCAGUGGCCUUGGCUGGGGAGGCCCUGCCUCCUGCCCCUGGAAAAGCCAUAGAGGGUCCGGUGCCCAGGGCAUGGACUGGGCAGGGCUGCCUGGGAGGCUGGGUCGCAGCCUCUGGUGUCUGCAAAAUACAGUGCGGGAUGGGCUCUCAAAAGCACACGCGCCCUCGGCGCACAGCUGGGGCUGCGGGCACCCCUCUCCGCGGACCCCGCCCUCAGCAGCGGGCCCACUGGCAGCUGGCAACCCCCUGCUCGUGUCACACAGGGUGGGCUGAGCUCCGACGAAUGGCCCAGCCCCCAUCGCUGCUAAAUAACCAUUCAGAAUCUUCCUGAUUCUUCCGGGAGGUCCCGCAGGCCAGGGACCCUCACUGAACCCUCAGGCUGCCAAACAAGAUUCCUGUCCUUGCUCUUCUUUCUGAGACUUUAGUCGGAACCGGCCUAGUCAAGAAGGGGGGCGUUGGAGUUUUCCCCGAGCCAGGAGCCCCCCAUUCCGCCUUUUCUCCAAAUCCAGGCAGGAAAUAACAGAGAGACCAGAAACUAGGAAAGAGGGAGAGAGCGAGAAUAUGAACGUGCAUUUCUGAGGGUCCUGUGCUUGUGGCAGACGGACGUCCCUUUUCUACUUGGCUUGAACCACAGCAUGUUUCCUGAAUGUCACGUGCAGUGACAGGAUAGCAUGCAGGCUCUCAUAUAUGAUCCAGGUUUCAUCCAUGGAGCUCAGAGGUUACAUUCCAUACAUUGAUGGGGGACUCACAGUGGAGCUCAGGAGGGAGUGAGUGACUUUCGCUUUAGGACAUCUAACAUGCCUAAAGGGAAAGUGGUCUGAACAGAGAUCACUCAUAGAAAGUUUCUACAUUGCUGGCAUUGUGUGACAUGUGCGAGUGCGUGCGCGUGCACGAGUGCGUGUGCGUGUGUUUUCCAGCCCUAGAAUGUUGAAGAAAGUACAUUGGAAGUGUUUGUCUAGUGAAUUGUCCUGACUCCCAGGCUAGGACUGUUUGAAAUUUCACUUUAUUUACCCAGAGACCUCCUAUUCAUUCUUCAACCCUCAUUACAAAAAUCCUCCCCGACCCGUACAAAAGAAUUUCUCAAGGACUUCCCCAGCUUAUUCUUGCCCUUCUCUGAUUUGGCCCUGACGUCAUGAGACUAGGGUGUCUAUGCCUGGUUCUGUUUCUCCUAAUCCCCAGCCUCACUUCACAGGAGCCCCAAAUUCCACAGCAUAAGCAGGUCACAGUAAUUGAAGGAAGAUUGUGCCGACUUGAAUUAUGUGUUGAGAGUGGCUGAGGGGUCUGCAUGUGACCCCCAAUUCACACGCACGUUUUUCAUUACAGUUUCUUCUGACUUGACAGACAUCCCUAUGUGGGAGGUGUCCAAGCUGAGCCCCAGGACACAAAAGAAGGAAGCAGAGCAGAGGGCCGAGCUCUGAUCUCAGGACAGCCCCAGAUAUAACAACGUCCUGAAAGGAAGUUACUCCAGGGCCUGGCCUUCUGAGCUCUCACCACCUCCCCUGGCGGCCCAUCGCUGCUGGAGUCCUGCAUUAAAGCACACUGGGGUGCAGCUCCAGUCCCCACACGUCAGGGAUGGUUAGAGACUGGUCUGCAGCAGGCUGGAAUGAGCCACAGCCCCACCCGCAGGAGAGGCAGGACUCAGAGGCAGAGGCCAGGGGGUGAGGGAGGCUACAGUGUGGGCAGAAGGGGGAGGCAGGAAGAGCAGGUGGAAGGAUCUGGGGUCCAGGCUCAUUUAUACCCUACCUAGAAUUCCUCAGUUAGGGGGCUGGGGCGGGACUCAGCACCUGCCACUCAUGCAUUGUUCUAGGUUCAUUUCCCAACACUGAAAAAUCGAAAAGGUCCUGCAUCAGCUCACCAUGUCUGGGCGAUUCAGCACUUGAAGGGUCGCCCUCUGCACCCCAGUCCGUUUCAGGCCCCAGGGCCUGUCGCCUCACCUGCCCCAUCAGACAUGCAAAAAAUCAAGUGCACUCAGAACUCCUGGGGACCUCUCCCAGCCUGGACUGCAGACCUGUCAGGUCCCAAGGGCGGCCCUGCUGGGGGUGGGGUUGGCCUGGCUCCGCCCACCCCACCCCCACCCCAGCAUCUUUCAGGACCAAAGCUGGCUCUGCAGACCUGUCUCCCUCUCCUUUUUGCCUUUUAUUAUUUUAAAAAGUGAAUUCAGUUGAGCUGUUUAGUCCGACCCUUCUCAGCCACAGCUGCUGUGUUGACGCAAGUGACAAGCGAGGGUCCCCUGCACCCCAGAAGGUUCUUGACCCCUACCCCUGCCACGCAGCCCAGGGAGGCCCUCUGACUCGCCUUUCUUAGCAUGUGAUUGCAAAGGUAGAAUCCCAGCGUCGUGCUUCUGGUUUGGUUUUUUGGGUUUUUUUUUUUUUUCUUUUGGAGGAUUUUUUUAAGUAUCACCCCGUUAGUCUAGCAUCUUUCAAGAUGCCCUCAAUUCUCAGUCAACACGUGACUUGGGACACAUGUUCAAAAUACCCGGGGAGUGUUCAUGAGUGCAUGGCGUUGAGAUGUUUUGCACUAUUCUGAAUUUUUGGUCUCUGUAAAAAAUAUUUUAUUAACAUUAAAAAAGAAAGAAAAAGAAAAACACACAGAG